AAGCGACGCCGAGGCGUGCCCUAACGGAUGUCAUCGUUAAGGUCGUGUCUCGUGGCGUUGGUCAGACGGGGAAUUUCAAACCUGGCGCCAACUGUCGGACGGCGAAUGUCAAAUAACAAAUGAUGAAGAGGGCGCUGUCGACACGGCCGCGCGCCGCUCGACCAAUGAGAUGAAAGUUUGGGUCCGCCAUUUUAAGAAACGAUCGCGACGCAGUGUUUGCGCGAGCUUUGUUUGCCGAAUUUCGCGCUAGCGGCUGCUGUUGAAUCGCCGCACGCGCGCGCCACCCGACCAACGCAGGAGCGCCGCGCCGACGAGCUGUGCAAAGCGGGCGAGGAAGCCGCGCUCGCUCCUCCGGCCGAGUCGUUUUAUGUUCGCGCAAGAAACAUUGAGGUUAGCGGUUUGAAAGUGUCAAGCCAAGCAGGCGAAGCACGAACUCCAAUUGGCGUAUGGUUUGAGUGCAAUGUGAUCACAUAAUGGCGGGUAAGGCUCUACGGUGGAAAUGUGUUGCCGAUCCGGCCGGCCCGCAACCACGGCCGCGGCACGGUCAUCGCGCAGUUGCCAUUAAGGAGUUGAUGGUUGUCUUUGGCGGCGGCAACGAGGGCAUCGUCGACGAACUGCACGUUUACAAUACAGCCACAAAUCAAUGGUUUGUGCCGGUGCUUAAAGGGGACGUACCACCAGGAUGUGCCGCCUACGGUUUCGUGGUCGAUGGCACGCGCCUGUUGAUCUUUGGUGGUAUGGUAGAGUAUGGAAAAUACAGCAGCGAAUUAUAUGAAUUACAGGCUUCCCGUUGGGAGUGGCGGAAAUUAAAGCCUAAACCACCGAAAGUGGGUCAACCCCCUUGCGCUCGACUCGGCCAUAGUUUCACGCUUGUCAACGAUAAGGUUUACCUCUUCGGUGGGUUGGAGAAUGAGAGCGAAGAUCCCAAAAACAACAUCCCGCGGUACCUGAACGAUCUUUACGCACUGGACAUCCGCUCGAAUCCGGUGCAAUGGGAAAUCCCAAUCACAAAUGGGUCACCUCCGCCCGCGCGCGAGUCGCAUACGGGUGUCGCUUUUGUCGACAAGAGCACCAACAAAUCAUACCUUGUUAUCUACGGCGGUAUGAGCGGUUGUCGCCUGGGCGAUCUGUGGUUCUUCGAAACCAACACGCUCACGUGGAGCAAACCGCAGAUCUCGGGCAUUACGCCCCUUCCGCGCUCUUUGCACACAUCGACACUAAUCGGCAAUCGCAUGUAUGUUUUCGGCGGUUGGGUGCCGGUGGUCAACGAUGAUGGCAAGACGCCUAACUACGCUAACAGCGAGAAAGAGUGGAAAUGCACCGGUACGAUGGCGUGCCUCAAUCUCGAGACUAUGCACUGGGACGACUUGAACAUCGGCAGUUUCGAUCAGAGUCUGCCGUGCGCUCGUGCGGGUCACUGCGCGGUCGGGAUCAACACUAGACUUUAUGUGUGGUCUGGCAGGGAUGGUUACCGCAAGGCGUGGAAUAACCAGGUGUGUUGUAAGGAUUUGUGGUACCUGGAGGUAGAGAAACCUUCAGCGCCGGGUCGAGUGAGUCUUGUUAAGGCGGGUACGAAUUCACUAGAGGUCAAUUGGAAUGGUUUGCCAUCUACGCAGACUUAUGUCCUUCAGAUUCAGAAGUAUGACCUCCCGCCGACUGCGGCCGCUACACCUGCGCCGACGAAGGCGGUGGCGACUGCCAAUCCCACGGUACGGGCGAUUGCUCCACCAAAAGUGGUGCAAUUGACACAGCAAAAUCAGAUUAAGCUGGCGCCACAGAUUGUAGCAAAUGCUCCGAUUGUGGCUGGACCCAUUGCGGUCGCAUCACCGCCGAGGAUUAUAAAUCCUAUGGUGCGAAGUAAGUUUGUUGUGCGUAACGCGUCGCCUAAGGUGGUGACCGCAUCUCCAGGUAGUAUUGUAUUGCCGACUGCGCAGAUUUUAUCGCCGACAUCUACGGCUGAUGGGCAAGUGGUGAAGACGCCGGCCAGUAUGUCUGGUAUUCAGGCAUUGGCCGCUGCGGCGGCUGCCACGCAGAAGAUAACGGUAACUGGGGCACAACCGAUCAAACUAGCAGCUGGUGGUAAAAUACCAACUGCUGGUACAAUCAUCCGUCAAGGGAAUCCGCAGAUGGCUGGCAAGCAGGUAAUCGUUCAGAAAGGCACCGGAAUUGUGCAGAAGGGUCCCACACAGAUCGUCACUCUGGUAAAGACGAGCACCGGCAUGGUGGCAACCAUUCCCAAAACCGGCGGUGGUAUUAUUCAAACGCCGAUUAUCCAAGGCGCGGGCUCAUCCAACAAUAUCGUCAAAAUUGUACCUCAGAACGCUGCUAAUAAGCUACUCACCACUGUGAAAACGCUGCCGUCGAACAUGAUCGUCAACAAACCGAACAAGAUUGUUCUGCAGAAGAACGCCGCUGGCGGUCUGUCCACAAUCGGUAACCAGCAGGUGAUUGUUGUCAGCUCUGGUACUGCCAUUCGCAACAUUCAGACCAUCUCAAAUGCGCAGCCUGUCACUGUCACCCAGCCGAAGGCUUCGACGGUGAAUAUUAUGUCACCGAAGGCGGGCGUUGCAAAUCUGCCCAAUGUUAAGAUCGCUGGGAAACCCAUCAUCAUGCCACACUUUAAACACAUGAUGAUUGGUGGUAAACCUGUUACUGUACAAAUUGCCGACGGCGGCACGCGGAAAACGAUAAUAAUGCCGGCGGGCGCCGGUGCCGGAAAGAUCAUCCGCCUUCCGACUGUCAGCGCUACUCCAACGGUUUCUACAACUAUUGGAGAACCUGCCAAAGUUAUGAUGGUUACACGUCCACGACAACCAACAGCAACCACAAUCGCUUCCACAUCUUUUGAUGAACCAGCAACCACCGACGCAGCCCUCGCUGCACUCGCAGCGGAGGCAGGUCUUAUUGACCCGGAACCUGAAAAGUCUAUGGAGGUAGACAUGCCACUGCAGACGUCCGAUCUCAACAUGGAGAUGGAAGGUGAUGGCGACUCGUCCGCCAUGGAAACGGACGCUGCAGUCGGACUUUUCGGCGGUUCCAUCAGUUCGCUUACUGGGCUUAAAGGUGGCGGGCGAAUACGUCCACCACCUGUAAUACCUUUCACCUACCGAGGUGGUCUCAAAGGCGGUGGCGAUUCACCCCCUUCACAAAUCACUGAUGACCCACCCGCUGAAAGUCAGGCGUCUGAAGAAUCUGCGGAGUUGCCAGACACUGAUGGAUUAAAUAACGGCGACGACAGCCAGGAGGGUUUGCCUCUUGAUGAGCUCAAUUUUAAUGGGUCUGUCGGAGAAGGCGAAAGCGAAGAUAAGAACAUGAGCGUUGACGGUGAAGGCGAGAGUUCGAGUCAGGAUGAUUUGAGCGCAGAACAUUUAUUGGACCAACAAGGCGAAACUUCGCAGGACACUCCAGCUGAAGAAGAAGAGCAAGAUCCCACAGCAGCGCUUGUUGCUGCAGUCGGGGAUGAUGAAGCAACUGCUGAAAGUCGGCAGGAUGUUGGUGCACUGGACAAAAUCUCUGUAAAUGAUGCGCUGAUGCUUCUGAAUGCUCAAGUCAACGACAGCGACGCAGAAAUGAAAAGCCCUACUUCAACUGCACCUAAAAACGAUGUUGGCGACGUGGAUAACAAGGAAAAUCACCUGGAGGCUACAGAAAGCAAGACUAAGAAGGAGGACGGCAAUGCGCUGGCGGCGCUAGCGUCAGCCGCGCUCGAUCACUCGAAAGAGACCAACAAUAAGACUGACGCUCUCGCCCUUGCCACGCCGAAAGACUCCAAAGACUCAAAGGAGUGGUUUACGGUGGGAUUCGUCAAGGGCACCAGCUUUGACGUGAAGAACUUCUGCAUGCUUGGACAAGAUGAGCUAGAUUUGCUUCGUGAAGAUAGCUUGCCGGAUAUAUCGGCAUUGACCAAGUUAACGCUUGAGCCGGGCACAGCGUAUAAGUUCCGCGUCGCUGCCAUAAAUUCAGUGGGAAUUGGAGAAUGGAGCGAAGUGUCGGCGUUCAAGACUUGUCUUCCUGGAUUUCCGGGUGCACCGUCGGCGAUCAAGAUUGCUAAGUCUGUGGAUGGAGCGCAUCUUUCUUGGGAACCGCCGUGCGUCAAUCAAGAGAAUAUUCUGGAAUAUUCUGUGUAUUUAGCAGUACGAAAUUCUGCAAAGGAACGUGCCAAUUCAAACCUGGCCUUCGUCAGGGUAUACUGCGGUCCCAGCAAUUCAUGCACUGUUCCGAACUCUUCUCUUGCCGCUGCGCACGUUGACACCACCACCAAGUCUGCGAUUAUUUUCCGUAUUGCCGCGAGGAAUGAUAAAGGAUAUGGGCCUGCUACUCAAGUUAGGUGGUUACAAGAUCCGAAUGCAUCAAGCAAAGGAGCAAAACGAGGACCAGAAGAUUCGCCAACGCCUGUAAAAAAGAAACAGUGAGAGUGACUGACUGGCUUGUUGUAAGUGAGACCACAUAAAGACAAGACGCUUACUUCGUUACGUUGUCCCUGGGGCGCAGUACGGACGCACUACACACUCUUGCGCUUCUUGCGAGCAUUUUUCAAACGAACGUACUUGUUCGUGGCCGAUCCGAUCAGUGGGUGUCGAGAGGGAUUUUAAUUUAAUGUAACAUUUACAACUUAUGUAUGUUUACUUGUUUUUUUUACUAUUAUUAUUUUACAACGCCGAUCUUAACUUAAAGACCUAGAGAAAGUACAUUCACGUUUAGCUAAUAGAUGAUGAAAAAAAAAAAACGCGAUAGAAUUCACAUUUUCAAACGAUGCUGUAAAAAUCAGAUGGAGCACAAUUGUUUGCGUUGUAUUUUCUUUUCGAAAACAUUCGUUGGAAUGUAUAUUAAUUGCUUUUGAAUUAUAGUAGAUUGGACUUGGCAAAUUUAUGGGUAAGAUUCAACUUCAAAUGAUUUUUUAUAUAAUAUGUAAAUGUUAAGCAUCCGCCAUUUUGUUAUUUACAUUUCGUACCCAAGGCUAACGACGCGGAAACUUGUACAUAUUAUACACAGAAUAUUAAUUCGAAGUUAAUAUAAUUAUCGAUGGCUACAAGAGAAGAGCCGGGUGCAGAGAAUAGUUGCAGAAGUGAAAGAAUUGAUUCAUUGACUACGCGCAACACUAUGAUUGUAAUUUUGAAAAUAUUCAAAGGGCAGAAAUUGCAUAUUUUCAUGUUUAUAAUCAGUUAUAACGAUGUUGCAGGCAUGAAAGAACUUGAUGGUAGCGAGAAGUGGGCAAACAUCUGAAAAUGCAUCAGUUUUAUAAGCGUAGUACUAAUAAGAUAUACAUUUAUAGUAGUUUAAUUAGUUAUUAUUGCUAUUCUGUUAAAAAGCAAACGCAAUUUAUUAAUUGAUGGAAAAUCCAUGUUCAGGAAGCAUAAAUGCAGUGGUGAUUGUAACUACUUGCGGGCUUCUAAAUUAACAAUUAUUAAGUUGAAUUCACAUGCUCCGCAUGUCAUAUAUUUUAUAAAUUCCGGACGCAAGAAAAGCACGACAAAAUUCUUCGAAAGUACACCUGUAACACAUUCGUUACUGUCUCAUUAACACGGUAGAAAUCUUUAUGUUAGUUUUUAAUUCAAAAUAGUUUUGAUAAAGUCUUAGAAGUUAUUUCAAGAAAACAAUUCCGAUGAGGAGUCACUUCAAAAUUUCAUAUGUACAUAAGAUGUUUAUUAGGUUUAGCUGCUCUGAUAAGUAAAACAAAAGUAAUAAAGGUUUUUAUCUGUUUCUCAUAAGUAACAAA